GUUUUCCCAGAUGAAUUUCACCUCCAGACCUUGAAUCCUUUUCUCCGAGCAUGCGCGGAGUUGCACCAAAAUGUGAAUGUCAAAAACAUCAUUAUUGCAUUAAUUGACAGGCUCGCGCUAUUCGCUCAUCGAGAGGAUGGACCGGGAAUCCCUGCUGAUAUUAAGCUCUUUGACAUUUUCUCCCAACAGGUGGCUACCGUCAUACAGUCCCGGCAAGACAUGCCUUCGGAAGAUGUGGUGUCCUUGCAAGUGUCUCUCAUUAACCUGGCCAUGAAGUGCUACCCGGAUCGCGUGGACUACGUUGACAAAGUCCUGGAGACGACGGUGGAGAUUUUCAAUAAGCUUAAUCUGGAGCACAUCGCGACCAGCAGCGCUGUUUCGAAGGAGCUGACCCGGCUCUUGAAGAUCCCCGUCGAUACCUACAACAACGUCCUCACCGUCUUGAAGCUCAAACAUUUCCACCCCCUUUUCGAGUACUUUGACUACGAGUCCAGGAAGAGCAUGAGCUGUUACGUGCUUAGCAACGUGCUUGAUUACAACACAGAAAUAGUCUCCCAAGACCAGGUGGAUUCAAUCAUGAACCUGGUCUCCACGCUGAUCCAGGACCAGCCCGAUCAGCCUGCUGAAGACCCGGACCCCGAGGAUUUUGCCGAUGAGCAGGGCCUGGUGGGCAGGUUCAUUCACCUCCUUCGUUCCGAUGAUCCCGAUCAGCAGUAUCUGAUCUUAAACACCGCUCGGAAGCACUUUGGUGCUGGGGGGAACCAGCGCAUCCGUUUCACGCUGCCGCCUUUGGUCUUUGCAGCCUACCAGCUCGCGUUCCGCUACAAGGAGAACUCCAAAGUGGAUGACAAGUGGGAGAAGAAAUGCCAGAAGAUCUUCUCCUUCGCGCACCAGACGAUCAGCGCUUUGAUCAAAGCUGAGCUGGCGGAGCUGCCCCUCCGGCUCUUCCUCCAGGGGGCCCUCGCUGCCGGGGAAAUCGGCUUUGAGAACCACGAGACGGUGGCCUAUGAGUUCAUGUCCCAGGCAUUCUCUCUGUAUGAAGACGAAAUCAGCGACUCUAAAGCACAGCUGGCCGCAAUCACCUUGAUAAUUGGGACGUUUGAGCGGAUGAAGUGCUUCGGCGAGGAGAACCACGAGCCCCUGAGGACGCAGUGCGCCUUGGCCGCCUCCAAGCUGCUGAAGAAGCCGGAUCAGUGCCGGGCCGUCAGCACCUGUGCCCAUCUCUUCUGGUCCGGCCGGAACACGGACAAGAACGGAGAAGAGCUCCAUGGCGGGAAGAGGGUGAUGGAGUGCCUGAAGAAGGCACUGAAGAUCGCCAACCAGUGCAUGGACCCCUCUCUCCAAGUCCAGCUCUUCAUCGAGAUCCUGAACAGAUACAUCUACUUCUACGAAAAGGAGAACGAAGCGGUGACAAUUCAGGUUUUGAAUCAGCUCAUUCAAAAAAUCCGGGAAGAUCUUCCGAACCUGGAAUCGACUGAGGAAACGGAGCAAAUCAACAAACACUUUCACAACACGCUGGAGCACUUGCGGUUGAGGAGAGAGUCCCCGGAGUCCGAAGGGCCCAUCUAUGAAGGGCUGGUCAUUUAGAAGAAGAAAACAAAGAGCCCGCGAGCGCCCCGUUCUGCUUCACCUUUCUCAUUUAUACACAGUACAUGAUUCCCCCCCCACCCCCCUUAUGCUAGAAUUCAUAGAUUGUGCCUUUCGGAAGUGCCAACUUAGGCUACCCAGUUGCUUUCCUGCCCCUGCUGCCCUGUGACUCAUUCAGCUACGCGCUUCCAAACACUGCUUCUUCGGAACGUUCCAGCAGUCUGGACCAGCGGCUGGAUCGAUAACCGUCAAAGUUAGCAUGACUGAAGUCCUCCGGUUUAAAACGUGCGAGGCAUUUCCCCUUCUGUCUUCUGUGGUCUCGUUUCUGUCUCCUCCCAAUUCUUUUGCUCCGUUCACCCCCCCCCUUCCUCUAACAUCUAAUCUGGCUUUCUAUUUUCAAGUGUUAUAGAUGUGUAUUUGAUUUAU